CAUCUAAUAAGUACACAAGACCUUUGCCUCCACGUAGAUCAGAUCCCAAAAGACAUCGUUGUCCGCGGCGCCACGCCACGCCACGCCGGUUCGUCUCGUGAUCAGCGGUGUAAACACUUGUACAAGACUCAUGGCCAUGACUGAUGACUCGGCAAGCUUGAGGCGGUUGAGGUAUGAGCUCAUGUGGAUGUGGACGUUGAACGUUGAACGUACAACAUUUUAUCAGCUACGUUCUUUUCUUCUAUGUCACUGUGUGUGUGUGUUAGCAGCUGGGACUGGGACUCAGGCUCGGGGCGACCUGACCUACCUAUGUUUAUUCUGUGCACAACUCGCAGAAAUCCUUCUAGUACCUCUUUUCGCGCCAAAUUGCCCGGUGACGUCGACGGCCCAGGCUUUGUUUUGUUUAAUCCAUAUCCAGCUUCCAGUGGAUGCCUAACUUAAUUCGGAACACGUGGUCUGGUCUGGUUUCGGCGAAACUGAUGGCCAAGCAACUUGCAGCUCCUCUUGCCAUCUUGUGGAAUUCGCCGUUAAUGGCGUCCCAAAGGGGGAAAAAAACCCGGCAAGUCACCAUCCACUUGGCAUGGCCAUGACACACCAAUCACCAACCCACCUGCUGCAACCAAUAUCCAAGAAUCAUAUCCAUAUCCAACUUGCCAAUGUGCCAUUGACCAUCGCAAUGCGUAGCACUGGUGCAUCGAUCCUCCUCUUGCAUCGAGCGCUCCUCCGUGCCAAGCUGCCAAGCUUCUGUGCACCAUCAGUCCAGCAGCUCACAGAUCCUUCCUCCUUCGCGCGCGCCAUGCACGGCCGCGUCACCGUCCUGCUAGUAGUAGCCGCAGCAGUGCUGCUGCUCGCGUCGUCGGCCGUCGCGCAGCCGUGGCCGAGCUGCAACGGCGCCAGCGGCAACUACCUGGCCGGCAGCGCCUACGCCAACAACACCCUGCAGCUCAUCCUGGGCCUCCAGACGAACGCGUCCGACUCGCCCGCCUACUUCGCGUCCGGCUCCGUCGGAGCGGGCGCGGCCGCCGUCCACGGGCUCAUGAUCUGCCGCGGCGACGUCAGCAGCAACGACUGCUUCGACUGCGGCACCCGCGCGUGGCAGGACGUGCAGGCUGUGCAGCCGCUCUGCAACCGCACCAGGGACGCCGCGCUCGCCGACAACCAGUGCUACGUCCGCGUCGCCGCCACCGACUUCCUCGCCUCGCCCAACAACACCGGCCUGGUGAGCGUCGUCGGCGGCGCCAGCAUCCCCAGCGGCGUCGACGUCGCGGCCUACGACGCCGCGCUCAGGCGGCUGCUCAACGCCACCGCGCGGUACGCGGUGGACAGCUCGGUCCCGUCGUCGCCGCCGAGGCUGUACUUCGCGACGGGGCAGUUCGUGGGGCUCGACCCGCGGGUCCCCAACAUCUGGUCCCUGGCGCAGUGUGCGGGGGACCUGGCGCCGGCACAGUGCCGGAGGUGCCUGGAUGACCUGAUGACACUGUGGUGGAACGGAAGUGGGUUCAAGCCGGACGGGGAAAGCGCGAUGUUCGCUGGCUCGCGGUGCAACCUCAAGUCUGACCUGGGGGACAAGUUCUACACCAGCAGCCCCAUGGUGAAGCUGCAGAUGAACAGCGAAGUGGUCGUUCCAGCGCAAGCGCCUUCCAUGGCAGGUAAAAAUAAUUCAUCGGGCAAGCUUCUUGGAAUCAUAUUGCCAAUAAUGUUUGUUGUUGUAGUAACUGCCAUAGUCCUCUUUGUUUGUAAAAAGAGAAGAUAUCGAGGAAUAAAGCUGCCACACGGAACUCAUAUGGCCGAGGACUUUGAAAGCAUCAAGUCAACUUUAUUAUCAUUGUCAUCACUACAAGUUGCAACAAGUAACUUUGAUGAAAACAAUAAACUUGGUGAAGGGGGAUUCGGUGUAGUUUAUAAGGGAGAUCUUUCUGGACAACAAGUGGCUGUGAAGAGGUUGUCAAAAGGUUCGGGUCAGGGGCUAGAAGAACUAAAAAAUGAGUUAGUUCUGGUCGCCAAACUUCACCAUAAGAACCUUGUCCGCCUAGAAGGUUUUUGCUUAGAAGAGGGAGAAAGAUUGCUUGUCUAUGAGUACAUGCCCAACAAAAGCCUUGACACUAUUCUUUUUGACCCCGAGGAAAAAAUACGACUAGAUUGGAGGAAACGGUUCAACAUAAUAGGAGGAGUUGCUAGAGGAUUACAAUAUCUCCAUGAGGAAUCUCAAAAGAAGAUUAUACAUCGUGACAUGAAAGCGAGCAAUGUUUUGUUGGAUGAAGACAUGAACCCUAAGAUUGGAGACUUUGGCCUAGCUAGACUCUUUGGGCAAGAUCAGACUCGAGAUGUCACAAAACACAUUGUUGGGACAUUUGGCUACAUGUCUCCUGAGUAUGUGAUGCGUGGACAGUUUUCCACAAAAUCAGACGUGUUCAGUUUUGGGAUCCUUGUUAUAGAGAUCAUAACAGGGCGGAGAAACAUUGGGCACUACUUCUUUGAUGAGCAAAAUGAAGAUAUUAUAAGCCUCGUAUGGAGACACUGGACUGAGGGAACAAUUGUAGAGAUGAUAGAUGAUUCUCUUGGGAGAAAUUACUCGGAGAGCGAGGUGCUAAAAUGCGUUAACAUUGGUUUGUUGUGCCUUCAACAUAGUCCAAUGGAUCGACCUACGAUGUCCGAUGUCAUGGUGAUGCUUAAUGGUGAUGAUACUAGUUCUAUACCGUCUGCUGCGAGGCCCACAUUUUUCUUGGAUAGAAGCACUCCUUACUCCUAUAAUUCAUGUACUAUUACACAUAUGUCUCCUAGGUAGCACAAACAAUUGUUGAUAGUAGCAUAUUGUUACUUGUUCGCAUCUUGAUGUAUAGUAGUUUAGAUCAACUAGUUUGAUUUAUCACAAAGUGUGAUUUGUAGUUGCCAUUUGUAAUUGUGGAUUUGAAAGUUGCCUAGAGAGGGGUGAAUAUGUGAAACCUAAAAUUUAUCAAAUAAAGAAUAAAAUUGAUCGCAAUUAAAGGUUA